GUACAUCUUCUAAAGUACUAGUCAGUGUGAUGAAUUCACUCUAUACAUCUUUUGACAGACCACAGAAUCUAGUCCACUACUGCAUUUAUCCACAGACAAUCCACUGUUCAAUUUUAAACACUCUCAUUCAGUUGACCUCAUUUAGUAGAUGCUCCAGUGUCUUUGACUCUUGUUUUUGUCACAUAUGGAUUUUGCUGUCCAAAAUGUCUGCCCCAUGUGCAGUGCGAUUGCUUUUACUCUCAGGUCUUAAUUUAGACCUGGUCUCUCACCUGCCUUCACUCCUCUGAUUCAUGCUUUUGCCCUGUAAGUGAAGUGUUGACCAGAUAAUUGCCUCUUAACAGGGGAAAACAUUGAGACAUCCUAAAUCCAGCUGUCAGUGAAGUGGUGUUUCUUAUUGCGCUUUGUGCACACUUGCCCACACAGAGAAGUUUAAAGCUACAUCCUGUACAGCAAGCAAAGUAAAUACGUGACCAUGUAUGUGUGGAUGAUAGCGGUAGCUCUCAGUAUGGUGGCACAGUGCUUGGCUCAGCGCUCAGAACCCAUGUUUGUAGCUGUCACUCAGAGUGUGCUGCCCCCUGACUAUGAAAACAACCCCACUCAGCUGAAUUAUGGCAUGGCUGUCACUGAUGUGGAUGGGGAUGGGGACCUGGAAAUAUUUGUGGCUGGGUACAAUGGCCCAAACCUGGUGCUGAAGUACGAUAACGCAAAGAAGAGAUUAGUGAACCUUGCCGUAGACAACCGCAGUUCACCGUAUUAUGCACUCAGAGAUAGACAAGGGAAUGCACUUGGAGUCACAGCAUGUGAUAUAGAUGGUGAUGGGAGGGAGGAGAUCUACGUCCUCAACUCCAAUAAUGCUUUCUCUGGUCGAGCAACGUACACUGAUAAGCUCUUCAAGUUUCGGAAUGGACGAUUUGAGGAUCUUCUAAACGAUGAGAUAAAUGAACAGAGAGAUGUGGCGAAUCGAAUGGCAGGUCGUUCUGUAGCUUGUGUGGAUAGAAAGGGAACUGGGCGCUAUGCAAUCUACAUUGCCAACUACGCCAGCGGGAACGUGGGGCCACAUGCUCUGAUUGAAAUGGAUGAAAGCGCCAGUGACCUGUCUAUGGGGAUUAUUGCUCUGUCUAACGUGGCAGAGCAGGCCGGAGUCAACAAGUUUACAGGAGGACGUGGGGUUGUGGUGGGGCCCAUACUCAGCCAGACCCUUCCUGAUAUAUUCUGUGACAACGAGUAUAGCUCCAACUUCCUGUUCCGCAACAACGGAGAUGGGACGUUUACAGAUGUGGCUGCGCAGGCAGGGGUUGAGGAUCCAAUGCAGCAUGGCCGUGGAGUAGCUCUAGCAGAUUUUAAUCGGGAUGGGAGGACAGAUAUUGUGUAUGGCAACUGGAACGGACCACAUCGUCUAUACCUGCAAUUAAACAAUAACCGCAAACAUAGAUUCAAGGACAUCGCUUCACAGAAGUUUUCCAUGCCGUCUCCUGUGCGCACUGUCAUCGUAGCAGACUUUGACAGUGACAAUGAGCUGGAGGUCUUUUUCAACAAUAUUGCAUAUAGAGAAUCAUCAGCCAACAGACUGUUUAGGGUGUCUCGAAGAGAAAAUUCAGACCCACAUAUAGAAGAGCUGAACAUUGGUGAGGCAGCUGAGCCAGAAGGGAGGGGAACAGGAGCUGUCGUGACUGAUUUUGAUGGAGAUGGACAGUUGGAUCUGCUGGUAACACAUGGCGAGAGUGCAGCUCAGCCUAUCUCUGUGUACCGAGUGAACCAAGGAUCAUCUAACAGAUGGCUCCGUGUGAUUCCACGCACUCAGUAUGGGGCUUUUGCUCGGGGAGCCAAAGUUGUGGUCUACACUAAAAGAAAUGGCGUUCACACGCGUAUCGUCGAUGGAGGCUCUGGAUACCUGUGUGAAAUGGAACCUGUAGCUCACUUUGGACUUGGGAAAGACGUGGCCACCAAUGUGGAAGUGUACUGGCCAGAUGGAAGCUCUGUGGCCAGACCAUUGGAGCUCAGUGACCUGAACACGGUUAUGGAGAUUCACUAUCCAUCAUCUGAGGAGGAAGUGACGCCAGCAGUCGAGAUUGAGUGCGGACAUGGAUUUUUUGUUAACGAAAAUGGCCGAUGUACUGAUGAGGAUGAGUGUACACAGUUUCCCUCUGUGUGUCCCCGUGAGCGUCCUGUCUGUACAAAUACAUAUGGGAGCUUCAAGUGCCGCUCAAAGAAGAAGUGUAACCAGGGAUAUGAGUCCAAUAAUGAAGGCUCAGCCUGUGUGGACACUGUGCAUGCCCAGAGGAACUUACAAGGAGUUUCAAAGAAGAAAACAUUUUGAAAAGAGUUUCAAGAAAAAAAAAAAGAUUCAACACAUCGACCUGUUGAGAAGUAAGAAAGGCAUCCCAUGGCUGAAGAAAUAAUGAAGUCUGAUCAAACUGUGUGUUUUGCAUUUUCAUCUCAAGGCCUGGAUAUGAUUUUAUUUUAGUGUGACCAUAAAAUGGUAAUAUACAAUAUAUUCAAGGUCACAGGUUGUUCCUUGGGUGUGGAUUGUAGAUUAUUUGCAGUUUAAUAUUUAAUA